AUGGAUCCAUUGACAGCGGUAGGCUUGGUCUCCAACAUACUCAGCUUUAUUGAUUUCUCUGGGAAAUGGAUCAAAGGGGCGUACGACAUCUACAAUUCGGAACUCGGGAGCACGCCAGAUAAUUCUCGUAGUAAGGAAUUGCUCGAUAAUAUUCGCAGAGCGACUAACACCUUGGACACUCAUUUUCGAGGGAAGACAAAACAUGAAAGAUCGCUACGUGAAAUUUGCCAAAUCUGCCGUCAACAAUCCGAUACGCUUCAAAGUAUCCUGAAGGAAUUGACAGUGGUAGACAAAGACUCGAAAUGGAAGAGUAUGAAAGUCAGUUUCAAGAGCAUCAGGAAAGAGAAAGAGAUAGCAUCGAUUGAAAGGAGUUUGGAUAGUUGCCGACUGCAGACCCUUACGUUGCUGGGAAUAAUCUUCAGUGAACAGCAGUCUUCGGCCAACUCGCGGUUGGAUAGUAUUCUAAAAGAGUGCCAGCGUGCACAAAGUGAUAGGACACUUGAGAUCUCAGAUCUUAUAGAUGAAUUGCGAGAAGCGAUAAAAAUAACCCGGGACAAAGAAGAGAAGAGUGGCUCAAAGACGAUCCAGGAAACCGCCAGGGGCACUGUUGAGCCGUCCACCCACAUCACCCUUCUCCUGCCAAAGCUGCAGAUGAUCGCCCAGUCCAUACCGCGAGAGAAUGACAUUUUAGUCCGGUUAGAUUUCGGGGAUAUGUAUUUGCGUGAGCGUGCCAUAAAAACCGCCGAAGAUGGGACUUACUGGUGGAUUGUGAAAGAGGAGAGCAAUGAACAAGAUUUGAGUGACCUCGAGAGAGAAAUGCGAAGGCAUACACGCACCUCAUUCUUGACAUGGUUGAGAUCAGGAAAUUCAAUCUACCACGUGAGUGGUAAGAUUGGCUCUGGAAAAUCAACUCUCAUGAAAUUUCUCUGCAACAAUCCUUGCGUUCAGGGGGAGCUAGAGAGCUGGGCAGGGGAAAAGAAAUUGAUAUUUGCCCGCUUCUUUUUUUGGAAUUCUGGAUCCAGAAUACAGAUGUCUAUGGAGGGACUCUACAGAGCCAUUCUCUUCCAGACUCUCAAGAAAUGUCCUGAGCUCAUCCAGCAGAUUUUUCCAGAUCAAUGGGACCUAUUUGAUCUGGACAGAUCUUGGUCUGGAAAUGCCCCGUUCUGUCUUGACGAUGUGAAAGCUGCCUUCGAAAGGUUGGUGAACAGGAAAUCCUUUCCUAACCAUCGUAUCUGCUUUUUCAUUGAUGGUCUCGAUGAAUACGAAGGUAAAAGUUUCGAACACUGGGAACUUGCCAAAAGUCUCCAAAAAUGGGCGCAGUCACAGGAUAUCAAGAUAUGCGUCAGUAGUCGCCCACAUAAUCAAUUUAUGGAAACUUUCUCCGACGAUCCGAGUCUUCGAGUCCGUCUUCACGAACUGACUCAAGGCGAUAUGUCUCGAUUUUGCCGGUCUGCAUUCGAGAAUAGUGCAAUGUUCCACCGGGUAAGCAAGAUAUACCAGGACUUCGUGGAAGAAAUAGUCAAGAAAGCCGAAGGUGUGUUCUUGUGGGUCGUUCUUGUGGUUCAAUCACUUCUUGAUGACAUUGCAAAUUUUGAUCCUCCGUCAGUCCUUUGGGAAACGCUCAAUGAAAUCCCAGAGACCCUCAAUGAGUUGUUUGAGAAACUGCUUGCCAAAAUUAAACCUCGCGAUCGCAGACGUUCCGACAAAAUGCUUCUUCUUGCCAGCACCUUUCCGCUUCAGCGGCACUACGCCCUUGUGUACUCCUGGCUUGAUGACACUGAAGAUCCAAACUUUCCGUUCAAUGCCCCGGUGAGAGGGUAUACUCAUCAAGAAGUGCUGGACAGAGAGAGAAAUGUACGACUCCAAUUAGACUGCUUAACGAAAGGAUUGUUGGAAAUGAAACCCAUACAUAAUGCCCGGACGUUGAUGAAUUUGUACGAAGAUGCAUCUUUCCAGCACGAAGUUGGGUUUGUUCAUCGAAGUGUGAGAGAAUAUCUAGAAUCUACCCCAAAUCUGAGUGACAUCAGAAGCCGGCUCCAGGGGAUUGAUUAUACAGAUAUCUAUUGCCGUUUGCUGCUAGCACUGUCCAAGUUUGCGAUACCUCAGCACUAUAAUCAAGGGAACUCAGAACUGCGUCGCCAGAAUCUGCAGUGGUCUUUUGAGUGGUUUGCUGGACUGCAGGCUAUUGGAAAAGAACCGCCUAUCAAGAUCGCGGAAGAGUUCGGUUCGGUAUUGCAUAGCUACAGACAGCUUGCGCCCACAUAUCCUGAUCACACAGCGUCAGAUGACAGAUUUACCAAUUGGGGAUUGCAAAUACCCAUUACAGGAUCCCUAUCUAAGUUUGGUACUGAGUUCUCUUAUCUUCACUUCGCAGCAGUGUUCCGGCAAAAUCAGUAUGUUUUUCAGAGGGUAUCAAUGGACGCUGGCACGUUGAAGACCAGAGACGGCUUGAAUCUCCUUUUGUCGGCGGCCCUUACAGGCAAUUCUCGGUUGGUACGUUUCCUCUUAGAGGAGGGCGCAUCAUCGUAUGAGCGGGUGGAAACAGAGGAUAUGAAGCAUGUCCGAAAACCCGCCCAGGAAACCCCAACUGUUUGGCUUUCGUUUCUCCUCCACUUUGGCGCGUCAGUCAUUGAAGGGAAACAGGAGUGGAUAUGGCAAGGUUCCUUCCAGAAUGAAUUGGAGGCACCGUUGGGCGAGUACGGCCUGAUCCUAGAGCAUUUCCUCAUGUUUGGGGCUAACCCGGAAGCCUACUUUGUUCUAUACGAAACCUCCACCACGUCAAAAAGUUCUGGCAAAUGCCAUGGUGAGCUUAAGCCUGUUUUCGUUUCACUGCAGCAAUUCGUGAAUGCCAUGCGACUGCCAAGUUUCGAAUCAGUCGUACAGUUCUUCCGCAGAAAGAGAAGGUAUCGUAUAUCCAGAAUAGCUGCGAACCUCAUUCCAAAGAAGGAUCCCCUGAGUGAAUCUCGUAUCGCGCGGGUAAAGGAGAUAUUAUCCGACAAGAACAGAUAUGACCUCUACGCUAUCUGCUCCAAGGACGGUGGGUGCCAGGUGGACGAUUAUAUCCGACUGUAUUAGAUAAAUGCAAAGGAUAUCUGGGCGGCCCUCAUAGAAGAUACGCAAUUAUGAAAGUCAGAGCAAAGCAGGAGUGUUGAUAGGCUUAGAAAACUUAAGAAAUCAAAAGCAGAGGUCGAGUUCUGUUGCGUUUCCCCUAGAACUGAACAAAAGCCUGGUCCUCCGCGUCGCUUUGUAAGUAUGUUUGCUUUGGUUC